AUAAUUUCUGAUUCAUAUUUUUUAUUCGUAGAGGUUUAUACGCUGUGUAUUUAAAUCAAGUGCUGCAAAAAGUCUCAACAUCAGUUAUCUAUUCGUAAACUUGUAAGAUGUUGCUGAAGUGGACAUUUGUAGUUUUGGUGUUUUUUAUAUGUGAACGGUUUGUAAAUGGAUAUUCGGCAAAUCCUUAUUUUGAAGACCUAGACCUUAAAACAUUGGAAGAGUGCGGUGAACUUGGCUGUCUGGUAACGAAGCCAGGAGACAAUCUGCCGGCUAUAUGCAAGGUACCCGGUAUCUCAUCAAGUCAAAACGUCACGUUCAUAAUUGAAAACGUUCGUAUAGUUGCCCAGCGCCUUGGACAAAGCGAUCUUUAUAAAGCCCCGGGUUAUACCGUGAAGGAAAGCGACCACUUGAAGCGUUUAACAUGCGAAGUGACUGAGUUGGCCGGCACUGGGUCGUCCGAAGUACAAGCCAAAUUAUUUAUUGCAAAGGCGUCCACAAGACCUGAGAUUCAAGAAAAAGGAAAUGGCAAAGGUCUUGCUCUCCGCUGCUUCACAAGAUACGGUCGCCCGCCUCCUGAACUGGAGUUUACGGUGGAUGGAACGAAACUUGAACACGCUUUACAAAAUGGCGACGAAGCCAUAGAGUUUUCUUCUGCAGACGAGCUUCACGGGAAGAAUAUCACGUGUUGCACAAAAAGUCCUUUCUAUCCCACUUCGUGUUCGGAUCACACUAUAAGCGAAAAACGGGAAACAAGUCCUGCGACCACAACACAAGUUACGACAAAACAUCACAAUCACAAUGAUUUCACACCUAAGAUGACGUCAUCAAGAUACAUCAUGACGUCAGAGGUCAGAAAGCCAGAGGAACCAGAGUUGCCAGAAGGUCAUGGCGCUACGAAGUCUACGACGAACGGUGCCCUUAGCAACGUCAUUAGCAUGCUGACGUGUUCAUGGUCGAUCAUGACGUCAUUCGCAAUAAUGAUCUCAUUCUGACACGUUUAUAUUGACCUGAAUGUCGUGAGGAGUAUGUAUUUUAAUGCAAAGUAUUUGACACUUAACGUUUUUGAAAAAAAUAAUACUUAAGCUAGUCAAUCAAGAACAGCGUUUGCAAUUAUUGUUAUUAUAUUUUUAGUAAAUAAUUCACAAUGGACCGUGUAGGUAAAAUAUACGUAUCGUGAACGUAUAGAUCUAAAUCUCAAAGGAGACGCUGAACAUUGAAAUUUUAUCAAUUAUUUAUGUAUAUAUUACAGGGCGAGUUUACAAUGGAACUUCAAAUUAAAAAGUGCUUGCAAUUAUUUGAAAAUCUCUCAUCUUUUGAGGUUCAUAAUAUUCCCUUUACGUGUGUAUGUAGUUUAUGUAUGUAUAACUGAAAGUGCACUUCAAUUUUUUCCUUAUUUUUUGUUUAUGUACAAUGUAAAUUGUUUAUAAGUGUAAUUAACACAAGGUUAACUCAUCUUGAUGACGCAUAACACAUACUUGGAAAGGGUCAAGAAUGCCGUUCAGCUGGUUACUGCAUGAUCGUUAAGGCUUUUAUAACGUGACCUAUUGUAAGAAUAGCUAGUAUUGUAUUGUUUAUAUUCAGCUGUGAAAUAAUGAACUUAUAUUGAUAUAUCAGUGCCCUGUUAUUUUAAGUACUGGCUGAAGAAAAUGCGCAUUUAUAUUUUACCAUCCAUAGUUUUUAUAAUCGUCUUAAAACAAGGAAUGAAAAAAACAGUUUUAUCGAAAGAUGCCUCUUAUAUAUUUUCUUUCCGGUUUGCUGAGGAUUUCAAUGUAUUUCAUAUUCUUUAUGAGAAUUGCAGUCGCCGAUUUAUAAGUUUCAAAUUCGGUAGGUAACAUACUAACAAAAAGAAGAAAAUGAUGAUAAGAAAAAACAAACAAUAGUGUGUCUAACAUGAUGAAAUUGUUUCUAAAAGUGAAAAAUGAAAGUAUUCUAAUAGCUAAAAUACUGUCGUUUUCAUUAUGUCAAUGUCCAAAAUGACAGGACAUAAAUUUAAUGUCAGUUAAUGCUCCCCAAACAGUUUGUACCGACAAUAUUAUUUUCAAAUAAAUCGAAUGAUAAAUAUUUAAUAUACUUGAUCUCAGAAUUGAACAAAUUAAUAUGUUUGGAGCUGGCAUGUGGGAUGAGUGGGAUGGAACAUACAUGUACAUAAUAGUUCACCUGGUAUAGCAUGCAAACGAUAUCUCUGUUAUUUCACACUAUUAUGUAACGAAUCUGAGUUUGAUGAUUUAGAAAUGUAUCCUAUGUUCAUAAUGGCAGAAACUGAUUUAUGAAAUAUUGGCAAAACGUUUCUUGUUCAGAUUGUUUAAUUAUAUACUAUUCUUUUAUAAAACAUAGGCAGCCGAAGUUCGGCCACAUUGAUAAAAGAUUUUUUUGUACGUAAAUGGUUUUCAAUAUCUUAUCUGUAUGGGUGUACUUGAUAUUAUAUCCUUUUUAUAUUUGUUAAUAAUUGCAUAUGUAGGUUUAUCUUCAAUAUGAUCCAAUGUGUAGGACUGACUUCAUGCCGACAAACAAAUUACAAUUACAAGUUUCAAUAAUACUUAUUUGAACAAAUAUUUUAAAAUGAAAAUACAACUUUUAAUUGUUGUUAAGUUUUCCGUUUUUUAAACAAUAAUUCUGCAUUGAAAUUGUUCGCCAUUUUAGCACGCCACGAGAAGAACGCAUACAUUUAAAUUGUGAGUGUUAUUGUGAAGAUACACUAUUCGAGUAUGUCGAAGAAUCAUAGCGACAUGUUAAAAACCUUAUCAACUGAGAACCCUUCACUAAUAACAUUUAUUGUUUGAUGACAAUUUAUUUGGACAUGCUAUCAGAAAUUUGGCAAUAUGCAUGCUAUAUGUGAAGGUGUGACGUCAUGUGUAUAAUUUACAGCAUAUAUAUGUUAAAUUUACUAUCACGGUAUUUGAAUCUCAAAUCUUGUAAGGUAUGCUUUAUUUGAACCUAGGCUUUCACCAAUGGUUAUAUUAUACCAUUCAUAAUACACAUGCUAUGGGAAGUACCCUACGUGCGCUCUAUGUAUCUCAAUUUAAUCAAUGUAUAUGAUGUGGCUGUUGGAAUGUAUGCAGAAAUAAUUGUGGAACAAA